AGAGCUGAUUUACCAACCCACUUGACUGAUGACAGUGAUAGUGACAACCCAAUUGAAUACAGAGAUGAUGAUGAUACUCAUUAUCGAAGUGCUCCCAGUACGUCACGAUUCGAUGAGGAUGAUGAGGAUGUUCCUGUUGGAGGUCUCGCAGCAAAAGUCUUCCGUAAAGAUACGUUAGCCCUGCGACUUGAUGCGCCACCAUGUAAGGACGAUAUAAGCGGCCAAACGGCAGACGAUCGUCGAACUCUGAUGCACAAUGCCUCGAUUAAACUUGCACGUAAGUUGAGUGAACGUCCUACUGUUGAAGAGCUUGAAGAUCGAAAUAUCCUAAAAACAGCUGCUGUGCGAUCAAUGGAGGAGAAGAGGAAGCUUCUAUUGAGAAAGCUGAGUUUCCGUCCAACGAUUGCACAGUUGAAGGAGCAGCAGAUCAUACAGUUUAAUGAUUAUGUUGAAGUUACGCAGGCGCAAGUUUACGAUAGGAAAGCUGACAAGCCCUGGACGAGAUUAACGUCCACGGAUAAGGCNCUCAUUCGCAAAGAGCUCAAUGAUUUCAAGGCCACUGAAAUGGAUGUGCAUGAAGAGAGCCGGAUUUUCACUAGGUAUCAAAAAAGCGUUUUGUUCCGUUUUGCGCUUGUCUGCGGUCGCGUCGUGAUACUAUUGGGAUGGUCCAUGAUUUGCCAGCUUUUUCAAUACCGCAUAUCUCAAACCAGGGCCGAUAGUUGA